AUGGUUCUUUCUCAGUACGAUUACAUCUUCGGCAUCGGCACCGUGUUUGCCAUGCUUGAUGCCUUCAACAACGGUGCCAACGAUGUCGCCAACUCCUGGGCCACCAGUGUCUCCUCCCGUUCGAUUUCAUACCGAUGGGCCAUGGUCCUAGCCACUUGCUGUGAGUUGGCUGGUGCCAUUGCUACUGGUGCCCGUACCGCGUCGACCAUCAAGGACGGUAUCAUCCCCGCGACUGCCUUCCAGUCCAACCCCGGUGUUCAGAUGCUGGCUUUCGCCUGCGCCAUCGCCGCCGCCUCUUCCUGGGUUAUGUGGUGCACUGCCCACUCCACCCACGUCUCCUCCAGUUACUCCAUCAUCUCCGCCGUCGCUGGUGUCGGUGUUGCUACCGUUGGUGCCUCCAAUGUUCAGUGGGGUUGGAACAACGGUAAGGGUCUCGGCGCCGUCUUCGCUGGUCUCGGCAUGGCCCCUGUUAUCUCUGCUGGCUUCGCUGCCACUAUCUUCAUGCUCAUCAAGCUCGUUGUCCACAUGCGCAAGAACCCUACCCCUUGGGCUGUCUACACCUCUCCCUUCUGGUUCCUCCUCGCCUCUUCCAUCUGCACCCUUUCGAUUGUCUACAAGGGUUCCCCCCAGUUCAACUUGAACAAGAAGCCCGGAUGGUGGAUCGCCGCCGUUGUCGUCGGCACCGGUGCUGGCGUCUGCCUUCUGUCUGUCAUCUUUUUCGUUCCCUACAUCCACGCGCUAGUUAUCAAGAAGGACCAGACCCUCCGCUGGUACCACGUUUUCAUGGGUCCUCUCAACUUCACCCGUGCCGGCCAGGCUGGUGAUGCCGCUGUUGUCCCCAACUUUGCCGUCGUCCAGGAGGACGAGGACGAGGUUGCCUCCUCCAACGGCACCGACGAGCACGAUGUCACCAAGGAGAAGAACACCGCCACGAAGACCGCUGCCCCCGAGCACGACAACGAGCACGCCCUUGUCCACCUCGAGGCUACCCAGGAGGAGUACCAGGAGAUGGUCGCCGCUAAGCAGCGCCAGAUGCACGACAGGAUCAUCAAGAAGGGCGGACCUCUUGGCUGGGCUCUCCGCACUCUCCGCGAGAACCCCAUGGGUGCCGGUUCUCUCUACGAAAUCCACAACAUCAAGAGAAUUUUCAUUCGUAUUCCUGCCAUGAUUGUUGUCGCUGCUCUCUACGGUAUCAACUACGACAUUCACGGUGCUCAGUCCGGUGUUCUCGGAACCCCUGAGGGUGCCCGUAUGGCUCGUGUCUACAGCCACGCUAAGCAGUACUCCAACGAGGUCGAAUACAGCUACUCCUUCAUUCAGGUUCUUACCGCUUGCACUGCCUCUUUCGCUCACGGUGCUAACGAUAUCGGUAACUCUGUCGGUCCCUGGGCUGCUAUGUACUACGCCUGGUCUCAGGAGAAGACUGCCGAUAAGACCCCCGUUCCCAUCUGGCAGCUCGCUGUCCUUGGUCUCACUCUCUCCGUCGGUUUCAUUACCUACGGUUACAACAUCAUGAAGGUCAUGGGUAACAAGCUUACCUACCACUCUCCUUCUCGUGGUUGCUCUAUGGAGAUGGGCGCUGCCAUCACCGUCCUCCUCGCCUCCCAGUUCUCUCUCCCCGUCUCUACCUCCAUGUGCAUCACCGGUGCUACUGUCGGUGUUGGUCUGUGCAACGGGACCUGGCGCGCUAUCAACUGGCAGCGAAUUGGUCUCCUCUUGACCGGUUGGAUCCUGACCAUCCCUAUUGCCGGAACUCUUGCUGGCUGCCUCAUGGGCCUGUUCAUCAACGCCCCUCACUUUGCCUCUUAA